GGAGGGAGAGAGAGAGGAACUGGAAUCUAGACAUGUCACCAACACAGAGACACGCAGAUAUUGGGGAAACAGGAAAAGAGAGGUUACACCUAACUCUGCUAUAGAGAGAAGAAGAGAGGAAGAGAGGGAAGAGAUCAAGAGGAGAAGGGAAGAGAUGGAGAGGAAAAGAAGGGAAGAGGGGAGAUAUGGAAGAGAAAGUGACUGUGAAACCCUUGGUAACUGUCUUCAAUCAACACCAACACCAACACCACAGCAGCAGCCAACAGAGCCCCAGAAUGGUGGUCCAGCACUGUUCACGAGGAUCCCUAGUUUCCAUCUGACUGAAGGGGGCGCUAUACUCUCACAGCUGUCCGAACUCGAAGCAAAAACAGCCCAGAAAGUUGUUAAUACCUUCUGCCACAGAAUCAACAGCUUUGGAGAGAAGACAACCUCCUCCUCUUUACCCCCUCCUCCUCCUCCUCCCAGUCAGAGUUGCGUGUGGGUCUGCUGGGUAGGUCAGGGUCAGGGAAGAGUGCAGCAGGUAAUAUCAUACUGGGUCGGAGAGGAGUUUGUGUCUCGACCAGACAUUACCACAGCCGUCACUCAGGACUGUCAGAAGAGCAGGGCCCUCGUCGCCGGGAGACGGGUGGCAGUGGUGGACACUCCAGACUGGUUCCGCUCCGAGCACCCUCCAGACGUGGUCCGUUCCCAGCUGUCGUCCUGUGUGGCCCUCUCGGCCCCUGGCCCCCACGCCUUCAUCCUCUGUGUCCCCGUGGACCAACCAGCCCAGGCAGAGCUACAGGCUCUAGGGGCCCUAGAGAAAGUCUUUGGUCCCGGGGCGGUCCGGACCCACACCCUGGUCCUCUUCACUCACWCCGAUCGGUUGAAGGCGAGCGGGAAAGUGGGAGUGGAAGGAGUGGAGAAGUAUAUUUCCAGCCAGAGGAGAGAUUUGUUGGAGUUGGUUAAACGAUGUGGGGAUCGGUAUCAUGUGAUGGAGAGAGGGAGCGGAGGAGAAGAGGAGGAGGAGAGGAAGAGGAGGAGUGUGGGGGAGUUAUUGGAGAAGGUGGAGCAGACGGUGAGAGAGGGAGGAGGAGAGUGUUUCUCCUGUCCGCUCUUCCAGGAGGCGGAGGAUAGGGUGAGACAGAGACAGAAGGAGAUAGUGAGGGAGAGGAGAGGAAGAGGAGAGGAGGUGAAGAGACAAGCGCUUCAUUCCUACUCCAUGCAGCCCUUGAGAGAGACAGAGGAAGAGGUGGAUGAGGAGGAGAUAGAGAGAACGAGAGAGGAGGCGGAGAAGAGCGUGAGCGCCCUGGAAUUGGAAAAUCUUCCCUCUCUCUCGUCCUCCUCUGCAUGGUCUUCGUCGCUCCUUCGCUCGGUGUGGGAGAAGGUGGGGGCGGGAGCGAGUAAGGUAGCGAGUAAGGUCCCCAAGCUGACGGCUGGAGGUGCGCUGCUGGGUGGGGUGGUGGGCGUGUUCUUUGGAGGGCCCAUAGGGGGCGCUAUAGGGGCCACUGCUGGAUCUGUGGUCACUGAGGUGGGGAGAAGGAGGUUUAGCAAGACAAAGAACUCAGCAGAAGAGACAGACGCCACAGGGAGAGUAGAGGGAGAAAUCUUGGACAAAGUGUUGAAAACUGAGUGAGAGAGUCAGAUCCACACAAGUUGAUAUGGAUGUACAGUACAGCAUUUUAUGAGAGAUUAUGUGAUAGGUUUCUACCAACGAUAUAUCCACAGGUGAUUGCCUGUGACUGUGCAGACAUUGUAUAUAUCUGUGAUUAUAAGCUGGGUGGGUCGAGCCCUGAAUGCUGAUUGGCUGACAGCCGCGGUAUAUCAGACAGU